GCGAAGGAAUCGGCUUUGGGCAAUUACAGCCUCUUCUAGUGGUUAUUCUUUAGAUUAUUUGACUAUUUCGGCAAAGCACAUCUUACAUGUCAUUUAUCUUGUUCAUGGCGCAAACCCACUAACAAAGAAUAGUCUGUAUAGAAUCUCCGCUCUCCACCUUGAGCUAACCCCGCGCUACAUCUGCCAAUUCCCCCAGGUCACUCUCCUCCUACCUGGAUUGCGCCUCAACAUUUCUUUUACAGAAACUCAUUCAAAUUUGCAUAGGAGGGACAGCCAGCAUGGGCGACCACGUUCUCUUCUUCUAUGGUACCUUAAUGGCCCCCCAAAUAUUACACCGCGUAAUCCACGGGUCGCCGACACCCCAACAAUGGCAGAAAGACCUCGUCCAGUUUCGCCCCGCAAUCUUACACGACUACCGCAGACACCGUGUACGGCACGCUGACUACCCGGGGAUAAUACAAGCUUCGUCUCUUGAGCCAAACCCCUCGACGACAGAGGACAAGGAAUCGAGGCCCCCCGGCGCAAACGUCCUGGGUACGGUAGUCUCGGGCCUGACGGACGGAGACUUGCACAGGCUUGAUAUCUACGAGGGGCCCGAAUAUUCGCGGGAGCAGGUAUCCGUGCGAAUACUACGGGAGGCAUUGUCCGAGGACGAUCAGGAUGGGGGUGAGGAUGCGGAUAGGCAUUUGAAGGAUGUGUUGGAGGCUGCGGGGGCGGAGUUUGCGGAUGAAGGGGAGGAGGUUGAGGCCGAGACAUACGUGUGGAUAUCUGGGAGAGAGAUGUUGGAGGAUGCGGAGUGGGAUUUUGAGGCUUUCAAGAGGGAUAAGAUGGCGUGGUGGGUUGCGGCGGAUGAGAGUGAGUGGUAAUGUGAUAUACAUAUAUACGUAGGUAGACUUGUUGAUGUACUGCCAGUAUGUACAUUCAAUGUGUUGGUUUAUAUAGGCCCAUGCCAGAUUAAGGUAGAGAUAGCCCAUGGUAUUGUUUUGAAUUCGUGCACGAAGGAUAAAAUGUGCAAUUGUAGCGGGUAUUUAGUAUGCAAUAAUAAAUGUG